UAUUUAUAUACCCUCUCUUCCUCCUUGACACGAGUAUAUGAUGUACAGCAAUCAUGUCUCGAAUCAUUGUCAAGAAUAUACCGGAUUACCUUGACGAGAAGCGAUUGAAGCAACAUAUUGGCGCUCAUAUCGGUAAUGAAAUCACAGAUAUAAAGAUUGUACGAAGACCAGAUGGAACGUCAAGACGGUUUGGUUUUGUUGGAUUCAAGAGAGAAGAAAAUGCGAUCGAAGCGCAGAGAUACUUUGAUAGAACGUUCAUUGAUCCCGCAAGAAUCAAUGUUAGCAUAGCCAGGGCAAUCAACGAUGAAGCUCUAAAAGAAGAAAAAGCCCGUAGAAGAGGAGGACAAGGCGUUGUGGUGGAGAACAAAAACGCAAAAGCAGAAAAGAAAGAUGACAAAAGUGGCGAAGAAGCCAAAAAGUCAUCUUCCAAAGCAAUCUCAUUUGAAGAAUUCAUGGAAGUGAUGAAGCCUCGUUCUAAACGCAAAGCAUGGGGAAAUGGAGAAAACCAAGAUGCAGAUGCUGCACUAGAUCCAGCAACAUUCUCAGAGGAAGCACCAAAAGCUGCAAAGAAGAGGAAGUCGACAAAAGAAGAUGAAGCAAAUGCCAAAGAGGCUGAUGAAGCGGAGAAAGAGGUCGCCGUAGAUUCAGCUGUCAAUGACGAAGGAAUGACCGAUCUUGAGUACAUGUACAAGCGCAUGAAAAGAAAGGUCGGUGCAGACCUUGAAGAGGAAGAACAAAAGGCAUUCGAGCAGUCUGACGAUGAAGAUGCAAGCGACAAGAAGAAGGAAGACAUAGCUCCCUCUGCUGAAAGCGAAGAGGAAGACGAGGAAGAGGUCGACGAAAAAGAAGCGCAAAAGCAAGAGCGACAAAGGAUAGCACUCGAAAAGAAAGCAAAGAAAGACCAAGAAGAUGCUGACUCAAUCAUGGAAAGCGGAAGAUUAUUCGUACGAAAUCUUCCGUUCGAGACUGUUGAAGACGAUCUGGAAGAGUAUUUUUCCAAGUUCGGACAAGUAGCACAGGCACACAUCACGCUAGACAAAGCUACCAAGAAACCAAAAGGAAUCGCAUUUGUCACAUUCGCUGAACCAGCACACGCCCUAUCUGCUUUCCGUGCUGCUGACGGUCAUACAUUCCAAGGUAGACUGUUGCAUAUCUUGCCAGCCGCUCAAAAGAAUGAAAAUGCUACCGAUCCCAGCACAUUAAAGGGAAAGAAAAAGCAAGAGAUGAAAGCAAAUGCAACCAAAGACUUUAAUUGGAAUACUCUAUACAUGAGCUCAGAUGCAGUUGCAAGUAGUGUAGCAGCCCGAUUGGGAAUCGAGAAGACUGAUAUCUUGAACCCUGAAGAUGGAGAGCAGAAUACCACGAUUAGUCCUGCUGUCCGAUUAGCCUUGGCAGAAACAAGCGUCAUCAAUGAAACACGAGACUUUUUGAAAGGAGAAGGGAUCAAUGUAGAUGCAUUCGAAGGCGUACAAAAGCAGAAGCGAUCGGACACAGUCAUUCUUGUCAAGAAUAUCCCAUACGGAACCAGUACCGAGGUUUUACAGUCCAUGUUUGAGAAGUAUGGCACGGUGGAAAGGACCGUUAUGCCCCCUACUGGCACUAUAGCAAUCGUUGAAAUGCAGUUGCCUGGUGAAGCAAAGGUCGCAUUUAGAUCUUUAGCAUAUAAGCGUCUAGGUAAUUCCGUUUUAUACUUGGAAAAAGCACCAGUCGGUAUAAUGGGAAGCAAGCCUGUGACGUCUGAUGUUGCUGGUAAAGCAGACGAUCAAGCCAAAGAAGAGCAAUCACAAGUGGCUAACGCAAAUCCUGCCGUACCACCCACAGAAGGAACAGCGGCUGCAGGCGCUACAUUGUUCGUCAAGAAUCUUUCAUUCUCCACUACUGAUGAACGUCUUGCUUCGGCAUUUGGCAAACUUACGGAUGUUACCUUUGUUCGAGUACAAAAGAGAUCUGUUCGUCAACGUGAUGGAAAGGGUGAAGUCAAGUUGAGCAUGGGUUUCGGUUUUGUUGGAUUCCGAUCGAUCGAAUCCGCACGUAUUGCACAAAAACUUAUGGAUAAGUCUAUGCUGGACGGUCAUUUGCUCAAUGUCACAUUUGCCAAACGAGGUCAUGAUGCAGAUGACGAAGUCGUAGGUGGCAAAUCUGCAAACGAAGAACGAACAAGCGCUCCUUCCACGAAAUUGAUCGUCAAAAAUUUAGCUUUCCAAGCAACCAAGAAAGAUGUUCGAGCCUUGUUUGCUGCCCAUGGAAAGAUCAAAUCUGUGCGUGUACCAAGAAAAGGAAUGUCAUCCGUCGGUGGAACGGCAGGUGGUGUUCGUGGUUUCGGUUUUGUGGAAUUUGUUAAUCGAAAUGAAGCUUUGAACGCAUACCAGGCUUUACGUCAUAGUCACUUGUUGGGCCGUCAUAUGAUUCUAGAUUGGGAUCUGGAAGGUAAUUCUGCCGCCACCAGUGCAGACGCUUCAACGGCCGAAGAUCAAGGCACUUCUGUUGACAGAUUGCGUCGCAAAGCUGCUCAACAGGCUGCGAUCUCACAAGCUGCCUCUGGACCAGGCGGUGCACAUAAGAGGGGAAAGUUACACCUUAACGAUGAGGAUAUCAAGCAAGCGGCGCUUGACGAGAAACGUCGUGCAGUAGAAGACGAUGAUGAAGAUGAAGAAGAGGAAAAUUGAUUCAUUCUGUAAAAUAUACAAUUUUAUCGCAUUCUGUAUUAAUAAUAAACACCUUUUCUGUACUGUACAAUUUGGAUAAUCAUA